UUGUUGAAUAUGCUUUGAUAAGUCAUGGACUAGUCCAUGACUAGUCAUUAUUAUUACUGUACUCUUUGCUAGUCAUUCAGUGGGUGGUUUAAACACUAGAUUGUAUUAUACAUUUUUAUUCUUUAAAUUUGUUUCAGAAAUAGAAAAUGAAACCAAUUAUAAUUGUUCAUGGUGGUGCUGGAGAUAUACCAGAUAGCAGAGUGCAAGGAAAACUCAUAGGAACAAAAGCUGCUGUUAUUCAAGGAUAUGAAGUGCUUCUAAAGAGUGGUAGUGCAUUGGAUGCUGUUGAAGCAGCUGUUGUUGCUAUGGAAAAUGAUGAAAACUUUAAUGCUGGUUAUGGGUCAGUUCUUAAUCUUGAUGGAGAAGUAGAAAUGGAAGCUAGCAUCAUGAGUGGUACUAAUCUUGAUGUUGGUGCAGUUACUCUUAUUAAAGACUUUCCUAAUCCCAUAAGCAUUGCACACAAAGUUCUGACAGACUCACCUCAUUCUUUGUUGGGUGGGGAUGGAGCAAAAAGAUUUGCUUUAGCAAAGGGAUUUUCAACUGUGUCUCCAGAAUCUUUAGUAAGUCAUAAUGCUAGAAAAGCUUUACAGAACUUCUUAAAACAUGGGGAAUUUGGAAGAACUGAAAUUGGUGCACAAGAUAAGGCUGAUGUUGGCACAGUUGGAGCUGUUGCAGUUGAUUCAAAUGGCUUUGUAGCUGUUGCUACCAGCACUGGUGGUAUGAGUGGAAAAGCUGUUGGCAGAAUUGGUGAUACACCUCAAAUAGGAAGUGGAACUUAUGCAGAUGAUAAUAUUGGUGGAGUUUCUACAACAGGACACGGGGAAUCGAUUUUGAAAUAUUGUUUAGCCCACAGUGUUGUGAAACUGAUGGAAAAUGGUAUGGACGCCAGCACUGCUACAAAAAAUGCUGUUAUGGAUAUGACACAACGCUUGAAUAAUACAGCCGGUGCUAUAACACUUGCCAAAAAUGGUGACGUUGGCGUUUAUUUUAGUUCGAAGCGUAUGUCCUGGGCAUACGUAAAGGAAAUCACACCAAAGAACUUUAAAAUUUUUUUUGGCAUAGAACAAGACCAAAUUCUGCAAGAAGAUUACUCUUCUACUGAGUAAAAGACUGUUAUUAUUAAUAAUAAGAUGUAUUGAUGUUAUUUUUAUAUUUCUUACUAAUUAAGUUAAAAAGGACGAGAUUUUACAUUUAUUUAAUAAACAUUAUAAUGUAAUUUCAACAUUGUAUAUUUUAUAUUAGUUUUACCUAAAAAAUAAACCUACAUAAAUCUUUAGUUUCUUGACUUUAACUA